AUGGUUUUCCGUACCGACGACUGUGGCAAGGGCCGACAGGGAGUAUCCGCCCGUGUCGUCGACUGUAUUUCCUGGCCAGAAAUACGCGCUCGCAAGAUCAGAGACCGGGACGCACUGCUGGGGCGAAAUGCACAAUGGUGUCUGAAGGAGGACGUGCCUGAGCAUAUCAAAGAUGUGUCUCAGGUACUCCAGGCUCACCUCACCGAACGAGAGAAGGAGAUUGUGCACUGCGAUGCUACGUCUCUAGUCGAGCGCCUUGCCUCUCGCCGCUACACUGCUACAGAAGUCAUCAAAGCUCACUGUCAUGUAGCGACGAUUAGCCAGGCGCUGACUAACUGUCUAACCGAGGUCUUCUUCGACGAUGCUAUAGCCCGAGCGGCUGAACUUGACAGACAUAUGGACGAGACCGGGCAGGUCUCAGGGCCCCUGCAUGGCUUACCAGUGUCAAUCAAAGAUCAUAUCAACGUUAAAGGGCAUGACACUUCAACUGGGUAUAUCGCUUGGGCCUAUAAUACCGUAGCAACCAAGGACGCGGUGACGGUGGAAAUUCUGCGGAAAGCUGGCGCUGUGCUUUACGUGAAGACGGCAAACCCGCAGACGCUACUAUCCCUGGAGACCAAUAAUAAUGUUUUCGGUCGGACCGUAAAUCCAUACAAUCGAACGCUCACCCCUGGCGGGAGUAGCGGAGGAGAGAGCGCUCUGAUAGCACUGCACGGCAGUCCUCUAGGUCUCGGAACUGAUAUCGGUGGUAGUAUCCGCGUCCCUGCUGCGUACAUGGGUCUAUAUGGGUUUAAAGCUUCAGUAGCCCGGAUCCCUCACGCCGGACUAAGGGGUCCUCACGAUGGCAUGGAGGCAAUCAUCGGCGUCCUCGGGCCUCUUGCUAGAUCCGCUCGUGAUCUGGCUCUGUUCUGCCGCACGAUGCUACAGUACGAACCAUGGUUGAUUGAGCCCCCGCUCCUGGAGAUACCGUGGAAGCAGACCGUUGUUGAUGGAGCUGAUAUCCCUCAGAGGCUCUGCUUUGCGAUCUUAUGGGACGAUGGCGUUGUGAAACCGCAUCCACCAAUUCUUGAUGCUCUACAGAGAACGAAGCGGGCCCUGCUAGCCGCUGGUCAUGAAGUCAUCAACUGGGUCCCUCUGGAUCAUCAAGCGGCAUGGGAUCUAAUUGUGAAAUUAUAUUUCCUCGAUGGCGGUGAAGAAUAUAGAGAGCUUCAGAUCAAUGACCCGAUGGUGCCCCAAACCGAAUGGAUCCUGAAUCAAGUUCCUAAUGGCGGAAAGCCUUUCACUGUUCGGGAGACCUUCCGGCUGAACGUCGAGAGGGAGACAUUCCGAUGCAGGGUUGCCGCGCAUUGGAACGGUACGAAAUCGCAGACCACUACGGGUAGACAUGUGGAUGCAGUUAUCAGCCCCGCAGCGGCCACUCUAGCACCACCUCACGAUACUACCAGAUGGUGGGGUUAUACGUCGUAUUGGAACCUGGCAGAUUAUCCUGCCGCUGUAUAUCCUGUUGCCCAUCACCGUGCAAGCCAGUAUUCUCCACCAGACGUUUCUGCCGACAUCACUUUACCCCAAGUCCCUCGCAAUGAUGUAGAGAGAUUUGUGAACUCUCAGUGGGAUCCUGAGAUAUAUGAUAAUGCCCCAGUCAGUCUUCAGAUUAUAGGGAGGAGACUCAAUGAAGAGAAGGUCUUGGGAAUGUUAAAUGUUGUGGACAGAGCAUUGAAUAAUGUCCACAACUGA